AUGAACGGCUUUACUGAUAUUGAUUUGCUCAAUUAUCGCUAUCUUGUGUAUAGCAAUUUAAUUCAGGGAAUUAACCAAUUAAUCGAAGGAGCCAAAUUAAUGGAGAUUGAGAUCAGUAGUGAUGUUGUGGAAGACGUUGCAACAAUAACUAAUUAUUACCAAACUACACAUCCUGCAGAAUUAGAAUUAACUCCAAUGUUGGCUCUGCAUAUUAGAAGGGUAUACAAAUCUGAAUUUAUAGUGAAAACGCUUAAAAAACAACAUGAAAUUGUGCUGCUUGACUCGGCUGUCUAUUUCCUUGAAAAUUUGGAUCGAAUAGCAGAAAAUGAUUACAAACCAAAUCAUCAGGAUAUCUUGCGCUCAAGAGUACCAACUACGGGUAUCUGUGACAUUGAAUUUAAAUACAAGAAUAUGUCCUUGAGGUAUUUUUUUGAUAUAGAUUUGGAUCUCGUUCAUAUACAUAUGUUGGCGGCAAAUUUCAUUUUCAAAAAUUUUAAACUUGUUCCUUCUAUGGAAUAUAAUUCCAUAAAAAAUGUAAGGUUUUGGGUCGGGUUUUGGAAUUUUUCUCGGGGUUGGGUCAAAAAAGCUCCGGAUUUCGGGUGAACCUUGCCAUCCCUGAUAUAUACUCCUCGAUGGACAGAAACUUGAUACUAAGAUUAGACGUGUACACACUGAUGUACGCGAACCCAAUGUACAGCCGUACUAUAACUUCGCUAAAAUUUAUUGAAUCCG